CCCGCCGCGAAAAUCCCCCGAAAAACCGAGCUCCGCCGCCUCCGUAUGUCGGAAUCCAGACCUCCGCCGCGGCCGGCCCCGCUAUUCAAGCAAAAUUCGUGGUCGCCGGACAUGCUCCGAGACGAGGCGUGGUCACGGCGGAGGGGCAACCACCACAAGCUGCGACGAGGCGGCUGCGGCAAUGGCGGCCUCCGCCGAAGCAAGAGCGUCACCGACGACGAUUUGGACGAACUCAAAGCUUGCUUCGAGUUAGGGUUCCGAUUCGACUUGCCUGAUAUCGAUCCGAAGUUAUCGAAUACAUUCCCUGCUUUGGAACUCUACCACGCCGUUAACAAGCAGUACAGCCAGAGACUGUCCAGUUCGUCAUCGUCGUCGUCCACGGUGGUUUCCGAUCCCGAUUCGCCGUCGAUUGAGAACCCUAGCACUAUAUUCGACGACUCAGGUGAUGAUCCGAAGAUGGUGAAGACGAGAUUAAGGCAGUGGGCGCAGGUGGUGGCUUGUGCGGUACGGCAAUCGGCG